UUUUAUCCUUGACAUGGUCAUCGAUCGCUAUGAACAUUAGAGUCUUGGAAGUUCUCUUAUUGUUCGUUAGUUUGUCUCUUAUAUACGAUAUUGAAUCUGAUGAACGCCAUUUCAGUUGGCUGCGGGGACGAUUCCAGCUACCAAAACUACAAUUGUGCGACUACAGCAAAUAUAGAAAAAAGCAUCCCCGCGAUCAUCUCAAAUCGCAGCACAUUACUACUUACUCAAUACUGAAAGGCCUUGGAACAAUACAUGCCUCCGCGGUUGCAUCAGAUACCCUCUCUUUGGUAAAGAUAUAAAAUUUAAUGAAAUGGAACACCAGAUUUCGCAUGAAAUUGUGAACGGCUCUAGAAGCGCUGAUAUCAUUGCAAACGGUCAUAAAAACGCAGAUGGACCAUUGCGGAUUGAGAGGGUGUUUCCUAUCCGCAUCGAAAUAGAGCCGGGUACAAGUUGGACGUCCAAGAUUUGGUCAACAUGUUAACUAACGAUGCACAGAAGUUCCAGGCCCGGAGUCUAACGGUUCUAAUGUUACAAAGGACCAAAAUGCGCCAAGUAUAACAGCUCCUACGGCUGUUCCAGUCGUUGCAUCUGAGAUCGAAGGUGCGAUUAAUCAAAGGCAUCCAAAAGUCGUUUUAACAGAAUCCUGCCGGCCAUUAUCACCAUCUGAAAAUACUGUCAUCACAACUUCAAUUCAUCAUUUAAUUUCUGAUAAUAAGCCCAUUCCAAACCAUGAAAUUAAUGAGGUUGUACUUCGUUGCGAGGAUGAGCCCAUUCAAAUCCCUGGAGCCAUCCAAAGUUUCGGAGCAUUAUUAGCUUUGGAAGAGAAAGAAGACGGGCGAUUCCUGGUCCGGAUCGCAAGUGAAAAUUCUGAAACCAUUAUUAAUCGCGGGCCUGAAGAUCUAUUUGCCCUCUCUUGCUUCACCCAACUGCUAAGUCCAGUGUACGAAUCAGACUUCAGAGCCCGGAUUGAAGCCAGAAAGCUGUGGCAUCAAAAAGAACAUCUCAAAGCAUAUCCAGAUAUUUUCACGAUGAUGCUUGAAUCAACUCCGCAUAUCCCUAUGUAUUGUGCUUUACAUUUUCGUGAGGAUGCGGGCUUAUUCAUAUGCGAGUUUGAGGCGAAGAAUGAUAUAUUGACUGACAUUCCUCCGGAGGAUUACAACUUGCCUGGGGAAUCCGUCAACGUUAUUGAUAAUCAGGCUACAGAAGAAGAGCGAGUUGUAUCAACCACAAAAUAUAGUGAGCCGUUCCGCACGAUACAUAGGACCAAGAACAGACUUGGUGAGAUGGAGAUGUUUCAUCUAGGCUGUGAGGUUCAGGAGCAGCUUAAUUCAGCCACCUCAAUAGCCUCUCUGUUAGACAUCGUCGUUGGUCUCGUCUUUGAUCUGACCGGAUUUCACAGGGUUAUGGCUUACCAGUUUGACGAAGAUGAUGCAGGGCUGGUUAGAGCGGAGUACAUUGAUGAAAGAGCAUCAUUAGACCUCUAUCGUGGUCUUAAAUUCCCAAAUACUGACAUCCCAAUCCAGGCUCGCCAGCUCUAUGCGCUCAACAAAAUACGAUUGCUGUAUGACCGAACGGCAAAGACAGCGAGGCUCAUGUCCUCAACCGAACAAUAUAACCCCAAAAAUCUUAAUCUCUCAUCAGCAUAUUUGAGGGCCAUGUCACCUGUUCAUAUCAAAUAUCUGAAGAACAUGGGUGUGCGGGCAUCAUUCUCAAUCUCCUUGAUUGUAGAAGGACGGCUGUGGGGCUUGAUCUCUUGCCAUGAUUAUGGCCUGGAAGGGAAAAGAGUUUCUUUUCCAAUGAGGGAGCUUUGCCGAAGCCUAGGUGAUUGCACAAGCAACAACAUUGAAAAACUACUCUACCUUUCCCGGAUACAGGCGCGAAGACAUCUCGGCAAAGCCCCUCCAAAAGUCUCGCCAUCCCAGUAUGUUGCCGCCUCAUCUAGAGAUCUUUUGCAAAUGUUCGAAGCAGACUUUGGCUUUCUAGCCAUCAAGGAUGAAGCAAGAACGAUCGGUAGCCUCUAUGCCUACAACGAAAGCAUUUCUUUACUUCAAUAUAUUCGCAAAAAGUCUCAUACAUCAGUGUUUUGCACUCAAAGCAUAUCCGCAGACUGCACAGAUAUCAUGUUUCCCGCCCGCUUCGUUUUGAUCUCUGGAUUUCUUGUGAUUCCAUUAUCUCUAUCAGGAAAUGACUUCCUCGUAUUUUUCCGUAAGGGUCAAGUAAAGGAAAUCAAGUGGGCCGGGAAUCCAAAAGAGAAGAUCUACAAACCUGGAACACAGUACCUUGAGCCAAGAGCAAGUUUCAAAAGGUGGAGCGAGCAUGUUGUAGGUACUAGUCGGGAAUGGACGCGAGAGCAAGGUUGGUUUAUCCUAGUUCCAGUCGAUUCCUCCUAAUCUGAAGCUUCAUAGUUGAGUCUGCAGGAGUCCUAAGCGCAUUAUACGGGAGGUUCAUUGAAGUCUGGAGACAAAAAGAGGCUACUGUACAGCAGAAUCGCAUGACACGAUUGUUGAUACGGCAAGCCGGAGCUGAAGGUACGUUACCUCAAAUUUUGAAGCUUUCAAAGCAUUGCUGAUGUGUGCAAGUGCGAAAUCCGCUGAAUGCUAUAAUUGGAUAUCUUGAAAUCGCACUUGAGGAUGAACUCAACGAAAAGGCGCGUCUGCAUCUUGAGAAAUCCUUAGGCGCAUCAAGGUCACUUAUCUUUGUUGUAAAUGACCUUCUUAAUUUGACAGAGGCAGAAAAAGAAGAUUUGGAAAUGUCCCAUGAUAAUGUUAGUUUAUCAGAAAUGAUGAACGAAGUCAUCGAUGAUUUUGGUGAUGAAUGUCAAAAAAAGAGAUUGCAUAUCAAAUUUGACAGAAGCAAUGUCCCACCGAUGGUUAAAUGCGAUGGUGUGCGUUUGAGACAAACUAUCUCAAACUUACUUUCAAACACUGUCAAACAUUCGACUGCUGGUGAUGUGGUUGUUGGGUUGAAGAAUAUUGAAACUGAUGAUGAUAAGACUCGAGUCGAAAUGUUUUUCACUGACAACGGUUCCGGAUUUACUGAGUAAGUUUGUUAUUAUAAUACCACAGUUGAACUAGAGGAAGACUUUUAUUUCUUUGUGUAGCCCAAAAUUCCCAAACAAUAUUCUAAGCUACCUCUUAUAACGGGACUAAUCCUUCGUCUUCUUAGAUCUGAACUUGACGGCAUAUUCCAAGACUUUGAGAAAGUUCUUGACGAUGACCAAGAGGUGGAUGCAUCACCAUGCCUCGAUGCGGACAAAUCAUCAAUUGGUCUAGGCUUAGCCGUAGCAGCGCGGUUCGUGCGACUCAACAAUGGCAAAAUAGUUAUAAACACGGAACCAGGACACGGAACCACAGUCACCGUAUCCAUACCAUUCCGUAAGUCCAAUGGAGGACAUUCUUUCAAUGGAAGAGUUCUACGAGAAGAUACUUCAAAUUCAUCCACCAGUAGCGAGAGUCCCAAGUCUGAAAAUGGCAAAACCUGUGGCACGCCCGAGAGAUUCCAGGCCCCUCCUCCAACUUCCCUCAAAGAACCUUUCGUCACAUCCACGACGGAAAUACUCGAAUCGCCUGAGUCGUCACCCAGUCCCUUGGCUUCUCAACCUUCACCAUCUCUCCCGCCCCCAUCUCAAUCAUCAAUCUCUGUCAAAUCCGUGUCCACAAAUUCCAACUACCAGCUUCAAUAUCCUUUCCCUAUCAUGGAUUUGCCUCCGCAGCCCGAGAUUCGCAAUCUCAAUGUCCUAGUUGCAGAAGAUAAUCCUCUCAACAGUCGACUCUUGGAAGAACGUCUCAGAAAAAGAGGUCAUGUGGUGACUGUCAAGACAAACGGACAAGCUUGUGCGGAUACCGUGCUGGCUACCCCGGAUGGUUUUGAUAUCGUCUUGAUGGAUAUACAGGUACUUCUUCCAACUUUUCCACUCCCAAAAUUUCAUAUUUCCUAUUACAAACCCACUCAACUAACCCCCUUCCCCACAGAUGCCCAUAGCCAACGGCUUCCAAUCCACAACCAUGAUCCGCACCUCGGAGUACCUAAACACACCGCCCGUCUCCCGCCGCGCAAAAGUCUAUGGCCGUUUACCCAUCAUAGCCGUAUCAGCUUCUCUAGAAGAAAUCAAACGUGAAGAAUAUAUCGAACGUGGAUUCGACGGAUGGAUACUCAAGCCGAUUAAUUUUAAGAAGUUGGAGGAGAUACUGGCUAGUGUGGAAGAUGAUACGAAGAGGGAAAAAUUGUUGUAUGGAAAUAAGGGGGUGAAGUGGAAUAAGGGGGGUUGGUUUAAGUUGAAGAGUGGUAGUGAGAGUGGUGAAGGUGGUGAAGGUGGUGAAGGUGGUGAAGGUGGUGAUGGUGGUGGUGGUGGUGAAUUGAGUUGAGGAAGGAUGAAAAGGGAGUGGUGGCUUUGUGGUGAAUGAGUGUUAUUGCAUAUUGGAUAUGGAUGAUUAUAACCAAGCAACUAAAUUACGAGAACAAUCUGAAAAGACACCUACCUACCUACCUACCCAAGUCCUCCCCGUAUACGCACAAAUGUGAUAGUUUCC